UAUCAAUGAGAAGUCAUGUCAAGUGAUUCCAUAAACAUUAAAAUUGUCAGUACGUGUAAGAUCACGAAACAGCUUGCGUACGAUGUAAUAUGAAACUUCGGAAUCGUUUUUUAUUGUCGUAAUCCGACCCGAUUGGCACCACAUACUUCGUGUCUCUACUUUCUUACGCAAGAUUCCGUUGUCACUAACUGAUUCAAGGCUGAUCGUCUGCAAUUUAUUCACGAGGUCCCCUAAUCCAUUUACUUUGAAGAAACGGAACAUUGGAACACAAUUAGAACGACUACCAGCGAAGGCUGUCCUAUGCAAAUCAGUUUUUUUCUCAAAUUUCAAAGCAGUUGGAAUUUAGUUUCUGAUCAACGUACCUUAAUCCUUGUCAGGAUGGGCGCGUGUUGUUUUGAUAAUAUCGUUAAGUAGUCAUGAUCACCAAAAUGCGAUGGCCGAACAUACAUUUUGCAAUAUUCUGUUUCAUAUUACACGUUUCCAAGCACGUUCACGUGCACGGACAUGGACGUUUGAUGGACCCACCAGCACGGAACAGUAUGUGGAGGUUUGGAUAUCCAAAUCCUGUCAACUACAAUGACAAUGAGCUUUUCUGUGGUGGAUAUGCAGUGCAAUGGGUCGAGAAUAGCGGUAAAUGCGGAGUAUGUGGUGACCCAUACCACUUUAAAGAUCCAAGACCACACGAAGCCGGCGGUGAAUACGCGAAAGGAACUAUAGUUAGACACUACACAGCUGGUCAGGAUAUUGAUGUCGAAGUCGAACUUACGGCGAACCAUUUAGGAAGAUUCGAAAUGUAUCUGUGCCCAAACAAUAACCCAAGAAGCGAAGCAACCCAAGAAUGCUUCGACAGGUACCCACUGUAUGUUACCGGUACUCGUGAUGUGGGAUUUGAAAUUCCAAUAGACACUGAGAAAAAAGCUAUAUUUCAGUACAGGGUGACUUUGCCAUCGUAUGUUACUUGUUCUCAAUGCGUUAUUCAAUGGAAUUACUACACAGGUAACAUGUGGGGUACUUGUGACAAUGGAACCGAAGCCAGUGGUUGUGGGAGGCCAGAAACAUUUCGGAACUGUGCUGAUGUUAGUAUCGUGACGAGUACCGCUGGAGUUCCACCCCUCUUUGUACAACAGGAUAAUCCUUUCCUGCUUUAUUACAAAGACUACCGUUCACCAAAUAAUAUAUUCCCACUAGUUGUUAGAUCUCAGGUGUGCGUGCCUUCUCCACUUUACCGACGUAUACCAGGAAUGGGAAAUUGGUGUCAAAGCAAUUGCCUUCGAUAUCCACCAAACUGUCCAACAGAUAUCUGCCAAUGUCCGGAAGUAUGCGAUGCGAUUGGGGAAAUAGCUGGAAAGGAGGGUGCAAGUGUUUAUUGUAUGGAUAAAUGUCUAGUCUAUCCAUCUAACUGUCCUUUCCACCGUUGCCGCUGUUACUGAUCAAAUCAAGUUUCAACAAGGAGAUCUAAGAGGCAGCUGGAAACGCUAUAAUUGCUGUGUUCGUCUUUUAUCAAAAACUGGAAUUGUGAACAAAAGUGUGUGAAAAAGAUUUUCGAAAGUACAUUUUCUAUUUUUGCAUCGCCAAUGCCGCCUGAACGAGAAUGAUACUCUGUUUUUCUAUAAUGCAAUAUUUUACAUAUAUUUCGCAACUGGUAUAUUAUACGUAAUGUGAACGAUUCUGCAAAAUAUGCAUCUACUAUGGUGUAAAGUAAGUCUACUUGUGCAAAUCAAUGGACCAUGACAAACCGUUUUGAUACUAAAAUUGUACAGCUCAUUAAUGUUGAAGAAUUAUUGCUACAAAACUUAUUGUGUUUUAGAAGUGUAGUUCUUCCACGAAAAAACGGACGUGAAGGUACUUAACUUUAUUAUUCUAUUCUAAAAGAAGUAGGUAAAAAGCAAAUUUAUAUCUAUGGUAAUUACUUACAAUUAGCGUUGUUCUUCAUUGCUUGUAACUACAACAACGUCUGUCUGAACUAUACCACCUGAAAUAUUAAACAGAAUAAGUUCAACGUGAAUACUGACAAUAAUAAAUUUUCCUAAAUGAAAUGAAAUAAAGAUAUCCUGCUUAAAAUUAA